AUGAUUUUUGGCCUAUAUCGAACAUACGCUGAGAAAAUAAAUGCAGAAGAUUCGACUACCACAGAAAAGGAUACAAUUGUUGCUGAGGAAUCAAAAGAUGACAAAACAAUUAUAAAACAAAUAAAUAAACAGAAUGAAGAUGGAACUUAUACAUUUGGAUAUGAAGCUGAUGACGGUACUUUCAAAUAUGAAAGUCGUGAUGUGUUGGGAAACGUCAAGAGAACAUUUGGCUAUGUCGAUACCGAUGGUUUAAUAAAACGUGUGACAUACACUACAAACGAAAAUAAUGAGACAUCAUCGGAGUCAUUAGAAGAUGAUAUUAGUACAACUAAGCCAAAUGUCACUCAAUAUCUUUCGUCCACAACCAGAAGGCCAUAUCUACAAAUUUCUACGUCUAGAUCAAAUGUUAUUCAAUCGAUACCUCGGCGAAAAGCAGACUUAACAACCCAAUCUUCGUCAAGCUCAUCAUCUACACAAUCACCUCAAGUAGUUUAUGCUACAUCGAUACCGUCCUCAUCGACAUCACGUAUAGUUAUGCCGCCUAGUCCACAUACACGACCAAUUUUACAAAAUGGUGUAUUUAUUCGAUCAACAUCACCACCUCAAAAUCAUGAAAAUCACGAAGGGCAAAUUGUGAGGCCGUCAAUACAGACAGAAAGCAGUUCUACUAUAAAACCAGUACGUCGCGUCUUGGUAUCAAGGCAGCCAGUGUCACAUGAUAAAACCUCCACGACAGAAUCACAAACAUCAUCUACUUUACGUCCUAAUUUGGAGACAGAUCAAUUUUUAGAAAAUGAAUCAUCAUCCUCAACAACUACAACACACAAAAGUAACACAUUCCGACGUCAAUUAACUCCAGAAAAAGGAUACGAUCCACAUCAACAUAUUUUAAACUACCAACAAUCAGCUGGUGAUGACACCACGGAUAUUUACGGCGGUUCUGUAAUGACAGGGACCCAACGACCUUUAUUCACAACCACGCAAAAUUCUCGUAUUAUACAAAAUUCGGGAAGGCAUGCAAUAAUACGAAACGGACAUUACUUACCGAUCGGAUACCACCGUAAUACAAAUGCAAAAUAUCGGCAAGAUCCUCUUGUCGAGGCACCCACAACACAACCAACAAUUGAAGAACCUUAUCAAACACAAACUACUGUUCCUGUAAUCUCUAUACCAGAAUAUGCAAAGAAAAACCAUAGAUAUCCACAAUAUACGAGACCAACACUAAAUACCGUUGUAAAAAACCAUAAUCAUAAUUACUUACGUGAAGAGGAACCUGAAGCACUUGAUCCUCAAACUAGUUAUGUAGCAGCAACACAAGAAAAUGAACAAUAUUUAAGAGAAAAUCCAUUACAAAAUGGGCCAGUACAAUUUCCCGAAAAUCCAGCUCCACAACCAGUACAUCGGACACGAAAAUCACGACCCCUUCCAGCGCACUUGGCUCAAUAUCAAGGUGAAUAUCCUGAUCCAAACUACCAAUCUCCAGUGCAUAUACCUAUACCAAUACCUCAACCAAAUUAUCGUGGAGCAUUCGGCAAUGAAAUUGCACAAGGAGCACCUGAAGAUAUACAACCCCCUGUUACAAACAAAGAUUUUCAACGAUUGUUAAAUCAAUUAAUAUAUUUGCAAACAAAACUUCAACAAUUGACACAAAUCGCUCAAUAUCAACAAGAAAUCAUAAAUCAACAACGUCAAUCACAACCAAAUCCAUACUAUCAACCAGGAAUACCUAUAAUUCCCCGCAAUUCUUACAGUAGACCAUAUGAACGUCCGCCAUUCUAUCCAACCCGACAACGUUAUUUACCCCCUGGAUACCAACAAGAACAAUCAGAUUAUAUUGAUCCAGCAGCUCAAUAUGAUCCAAGAUAUCAGCGAAAAGUGGCCGUACCGCAACAGCAGUAUGAAAAUCAACAAGAUUAUUUACCACCAGAAGUGCGUGAAAUGUUAUUGUUACGUAUGUUACAGCUAGCAAUCAACUCUGAAAUUGCAGCUACAAAUCAAAUGGAAGUUAUUGCAAAAUCUCCCACGAAAAAUGUUGUAAGUGUCGUUAGAAAAGAUUACCAAAAUCGACAUCCUAUACAUAAUGUACAAAUAUUGGGGGAGGAAACUAAUAAUAACGAAAGAUUAAAGCCAACAGCUAGAAGUAAACGAUUUAAAGAUCCUGAUGAGGAUAUGGAUUAUUACGAAUAG